UCUCCGCCAUGCCUCCACUGUCUGUCGGCAUAACACAACAGCGCUACCCUCCUCAGCCUCCACACAUCCUCCUCCUCCUCCGUGUCCUUCUCCUCUCGUCCGCCGCCUCACCAGCCAGUGUCUCUCCGCUGCCACCCUGCCAUGCCCCGGGUCACCUCUCUGCUGCCCGUCCUGCUGUCCUUCGUCCUCCUUCCGGGCCCGAGCCGGGGAUAUUUCCCCGAGGAGCGCUGGAGCCCCGAGUCUCCGCUCCUCGCUCCCCGGGUCGUUGUCGCGCUGCUCUGCCGCAACUCGGCGCACUCUCUGCCGCUGUUCCUCGGAGCGGUCGAGCGCCUCAACUACCCGAAGGAGCGCACCGCGCUGUGGGUGGCGACAGAUCACAACACAGACAACACCACAGCCAUCCUCAGAGACUGGCUUGUCAAGGUGCAGAAUGACUAUCACUAUGUGGAGUGGAGACCUGAAGAUGAAUCCAGUGCCUUUGAAGACGAGGUGGGGCCUAAGCACUGGAAUAAUCUCCGUUAUGAACACGUAAUGAAGCUCCGUCAGGCAGCGCUGGAGACCGCCCGCGAGAUCUGGGCUGACUACCUGCUGGUGGCCGACUGUGAUAACCUGCUCACCAAUCCGGAUAUGUUGUGGAAGCUGAUGAGUGAGAACAAGACUAUUGUGGCGCCAAUGCUGGAGUCCAGAGCUGCGUACUCCAACUUCUGGUGCGGCAUGACUUCACAGGGUUACUACAAGCGUACACCAGCCUACAUGCCUAUCCGUAGGCAGGAGCGUCGUGGCUGCUUCGCCGUACCGAUGGUCCACUCCACCUACCUGGUGGACCUACAGAAAGAGGCCUCCCGACAGCUGGCUUUUCAUCCACCACACCCGGAGUACAGCUGGGCCCUGGAUGAUGUCAUCGUCUUUGCCUACUCAGCUCGCAUGGCAGAUGUGCAGAUGUACGUGUGCAACAAAGAGACUUAUGGGUACUUCCCAGUUCCAAUGCGUUCCCACGGUACCCUGCAGGAUGAGGCGGCGAGCUUCGUGCAUACACAUCUUGAGGUCAUGGUGAAAAAUCCUCCAUUGGAGCCCUCCAGCUUCCUGUCUCUUCCUCCCAAGCAGCCUAACAAGAUGGGCUUUGAUGAGGUGUUUAUGAUAAACCUGGUGCGGAGGUCUGACCGUCGCGAGCGAAUGCUAAGAUCUCUGUUUGAGCAGGAGCUCAGCUGUAAGGUUGUUGCUGCUGUGGAUGGCAAAGCUCUGAACAAGACUGAUAUAGAGUCUAUGAGGAUUAAGAUGCUGCCGGGUUACAAAGACCCUUAUCACGGUCGGCCUCUCACCAAGGGUGAACUCGGUUGUUUCCUUUCUCAUUACAACAUCUGGAAGGAGAUUGCAGAUCGCGGCCUGCAGACCUCCCUGGUCAUCGAGGACGACCUCCGCUUCGAGGUGUUCUUCAUGCGUCGUCUCCAGACGCUGCUGGAGGAGGUGACGACGCACAAGCUGGACUGGGAUCUCAUUUACAUUGGGCGGAAGCGGAUGCAGGUGGACCACCAAGAGAAGUCUGUACCAAACAUCCACAACCUGGUGGUGGCGGACUACUCCUACUGGACACUCGGCUACCUGUUGUCAUUACAAGGAGCCCAGAAGCUCCUCAGGGCCGAACCUCUGACUAAGCUGCUUCCCGUCGAUGAGUUCCUCCCUGUCAUGUACGACAAACAUCCAGUUUCAGAGUACAUGGACCACUUUGAGAGUCGGGACCUGCGUGCAUUUUCUGCCGAGCCGCUCCUGGUGUAUCCGACCCAUUACACGGGAGACCAGGGCUACAUCAGCGACACGGAGACAUCGGUGGUCUGGGACAACGACACCGUCAAAACCGACUGGGACCGGGCCAGGUCAAGGAAAACCCAGGAGCAGGGAGAGCUGAGCUUCAAGGCCCAGAACUCUGAUGUGCUGCAGUCUGAACUGGAGAACUGGAGCAAACGCGACGAGCUGUGAUGAAGAAGAGAGGACGCGAGGAGGAGAGACACGGAGAACUCCGGCAAACGGAGACUAGGAUGAGGGAGAUAGAGUUAAGCCGUGACGGUGGCGAGGGAUGGAAAAGAUGGAGAGAAUAUAAUAGAACGCAGGAGAAGAAGGAGGAAAGGCAGAGUAGAUGAACACAAGGUUGGUGAGGGACAACGGCUUUCCCUUCUCUCCACUCUUUGAUCUUUCUCUUAAGAGAUGAGGUUAGAUGUAGAGUUAACUCUUGAAGAGUCAGCGAGCAGCUUUUGUUUUAUUUAUUGCAUCCAACUCACACUUCUUGACCACAGCCUGGUCCAAAAAUAGUUCCGUUUUAAAUGCAGUAUUUAGCUUAACUCUAACACGUCUCUAAAUGACUUCUAGUCAUAUUUUAACAACUUCACAUCACCUAAUUACAUGUGAAAGCUGCAGUAUGCAUUGAGUUUGAAAUAGGAGCCUCUAAAAUAUAAAACGAUUAUAUUACUGCUCAGAAAAGAGAAUCCCUUAAACCUUUUCUCUACAGUGUUAUACUCUCAGUGGUUCGCCACCUGUUUAACCCCUUAAAAGGAAGCAAUGUCUACUUGCAGCCCCUAAUCCACCAGCUGUAUUAUGUCUACUGGCUGUGGUGAGUUCUGCCAAAGAGUCAGGAACCACUGCUCUGUUUUCUUCUUCUUCUUCUUCUUCUCUUCUUGUGACUCUUAACGCCUUGCUGUUUAGUUUAGCCAGUGUGUUAAGUUUUUUAAGGUUGUUACUUAACCUUACAUAUUUUCCACUCAUGAAUGUCUCAGCGUUUUCUUUUAUUUGAUGUUUUUUACACGUUGACAACAGCUGUGUAUCUGUUUAGUGCUUCAGUGUUUUCCCCCUCACUUCAUAUUACAGUUUUAACCCAAACUUUGUUGCAUUUUGUUUGUUUAAGAUCAGAAAAACAAAUAACUUUUCAUGUUUCGUUCUCUCCUCUGUGGUUACAAAGUGUGUCUUUUUUUUUUUUUUUUCUAACCAAAGAAUGAAUAAAACCUUUUAUAAUGA